CUGUAUUUCGGAUUUGAUUGAUAUUCCCCCAGUUGUUACAUAAUUGUGCAACUCAUAAACGCCUAACAAUCAGUUAAUACAUGAGUGGAAUGGCUUUGGCAAAACCGAUAACUAUCUUCUGAUCACUCUUAAAUGUGGGUGUGAGUACACCGUAGCUACUUGAUGAACAUCUUUUCCGCAUUCAAAAGCAAGUCCUCAAGAGCGCACGCAGAAUACACACGGGGACCCAGAGAACAUUUCGCUCGCGGUGGAACUAAACUUGCAGAGUGGACAAGAGGAGAAUUCGUCCACCACGAACUCGUCUCUAGAAUACGUUCAUUCUAUAUUUGGAGACAACCGGUAUACGUUUGCCUACAACAGGUUGUGUCGUGGACCUGGACUGUAAUGUAUGAUUUGUUCUUAUUGUUCGGGUGUACUGUAUGCUCUCUCUCGGAUGGUUAUUUCUUGCAUGCCACAGCGAGGUUUGCAGUAGCUGGAGGGAUGGUUGCAGACUGGAAACAUGUUCAACAGACCCUCAUUGUGCUCGGUUAGUUAAUGACUGAUUUUUCAUGAUUGGGUCUCUGUUUGAAGAGAGGUUGUUGAGGACCUGUUUGGCUGAAUAGUGAGGAACACGCUGACCCUAAGCUGGAGGAAGCAGGAAGGGAUGCAGGGAUUGGAUGGACUUUGGCUGGUCUAUUGUUUUGAGAAGACCGCACCACAGUGAGCGAAUGGAUGCUUUUGUGUUUUGCCCUGCGAGCAACUGGAUCCUCUAGAUGUGGCCGCCACCCCACAUAUCCUUUUAUCAUGCUGUCAGUCACACAAGGACCAGGACUGUCAUCAGUUGUAUGUGAUGCACUGGCCUCUACCUGACAGUGGAGAGACAAGCAUUGAUUUCAGGCCUCUAACUGUGACAGCUCCAGUGGGUGGAGCUACAUUGGGCCCCUCUCUCUACCCACUCAGCACUGAUGGGACAGAAUCCUGAAUCCUGGAGGAAUCCUUGACGACCCCUCUUUCUUUCUCCGCCCUCCCAGGCUCCACCCUCUUUCCCCUCCUCUCCUCUUUCCUUAGACUCUCCUCCUCCCCCGGUCUCUUCUCUCAGCGCUGGGAUCAUUACUCAACCCCACUGAAGAAUGGAACACAGUAGCUGGCAAGGAUGAACUGGGUCUGCCUGCCAAUGCAGAAAGGGAGAUAAAAGAGGGAGAAAGAGUGAAAGAAAAGCGAGCGAGAGAGAGAAAGUUCUAAACCUGUGAGUGAAAGAAGAGGUACAUAUUAAAAAUGCCCUUGAGGGAGAAAAUCGACAACUGCACUUGAGCAGUAUGAGCUAGAAGACCUCAGCAAACCUACCGACCUGGAUGUGUGGAUCUGUAGAUACACACACACACACGUCUGUCUCAGUUGCAGCAGAAGACGGCUCCUACCCUGCCCUACACUGUGUGGUGGUGUUUUCAGCGUUAUUCCCUGCCUACCAUACCUGUGUGAGGAGUGGUGGAGAGGAAAUUCAGCAACUCUUAGAGGACAGUGGAAGUUGAUAGAAAUGCUUCUUUGUUAAAACCAGCGUGUUUCGGGCCGUAACCUUUUACCAGGGUUUUAGUAGUGAACAGGUCAGCACCACCAUGCCGGCUAAAGGGAAGUACCUGUUAAAUGACCAGGAGCUGAAACAUGAGGCCCUGUACAGGAAGUUCUCCUGUAUCAUCCAGUACCAGCCCCUGGUGCUGCUACUGGGCCUCUCCAUGCUGUCCUGCGGAGUUCUCAUCAUCCUCUUCUUCGCCCUGCACCUGAGUGUGGAGGAGCACUGUGCAUUUGUCAGCGUGGUGAGCUGCAGCCUGUGUGUGUUCCUGGCUGUGUUUGUGCUGGUGUGUACAGAGACCCUGACCCAGCGCUGGAGGAGACUGCUGGGUCUGGUGGUCUGGGCCACUCACCUCACAAUGGGAUUCACCUUCAUCUUCAGCGGACCCCUCAUCCUGCCCUGGGACCAGGUUCCCUUCUUCCUGUUCAUCAUCUUCACAGUGUACACCAUGCUGCCAUUCCAGAUGUGCUAUGCUGUGGUACUCAGUGUGAUCUCCUCACUCUCUCACAUCAUGGUCCUCACCCUAUGCCUCACUGUCUUCAACACCCAAGAUCCCAGCCCCUUUCUGGCCAAUCAGCUGCUGUCCAAUGCGGUGGUGUUUCUGUGUGGCAGUGUGGUGGGGGCCUUCCAUAAGGUCCUGAUGGAGAGAGCACUAAGACAGACCUUCCAGGAUACACUCAGAUGUCUGGGCAUCCGCAUGAAGCUGGAGAUAGAAAAGAGACAACAGGAGAACCUGCUGCAGUCUGUGCUGCCGGUCUACAUCUCCAUGAAGAUGAAGCUGGCCAUCAUGGAGCGUCUGCAAGACUGCAAGGACAAAGAAGAGCAGCAACGACUCGUCAAAGACAACAACUUCCACAGUCUCUACGUCAAGAGACACGAGAACGUCAGUAUUCUGUAUGCUGACAUUGUGGGCUUCACCCGAUUGGCCAGCGACUGCUCUCCGAAGGAGCUGGUCAUCAUGCUCAACGAGCUGUUUGGGAAGUUUGACCAGAUUGCAAAGGAGAACGAGUGCAUGAGAAUCAAGAUUUUGGGAGACUGCUACUACUGUGUGUCUGGCCUGCCUGUCUCCCUGCCCAUGCAUGCCAAGAACUGUGUGAAGAUGGGUCUGGACAUGUGUGAGGCCAUCAAACAGGUGCGCGAGGCCACAGGUGUGGACAUCAACAUGAGAGUGGGCGUUCACUCCGGCAACGUGCUCUGCGGUGUGAUUGGUCUCCGCAAGUGGCAGUUUGACGUUUGGUCACAUGACGUCACCCUGGCCAAUUAUAUGGAGUCUGGAGGCUUACCUGGGCGUGUCCACAUCACUGAGGCCACCCUGAAGCACCUGAACAAGGCCUAUGAGGUGGAGGAGGGGAAUGGUGGGCUAAGAGAUGCCUACCUGAAGGAGCUCAACAUACAGACAUACCUUGUCAUCGAUCCUCGGUCUAAGAACCAGGCUCUGAACAGCCACAGCAUGCCCAAGCCGCGUGUGAAUGACGGGCUGAAGAUGCGGGCGUCAGUGAGAAUGACCCGUUACCUGGAGUCCUGGGGCGCCGUCAAACCCUUCGCCCACCUACAGAGCAGAGAGGGGUACACCCAAGACACCAUGGUCAAUGGAAAAUCACGCUGCAAGGACAUCCCUCUGCGCACAGCUCACACUAAGAUCACUGAGAGCUUUGAUGAGUCUGUAGAGGAGCCCUUCUCCUCGCCCGCCCCUCCGCUCAGCACCUAUAAGAACAAGUCCCAGAAGAGCAAGUUUGAUGAGGAGCUGCACAAUGAGAUGACCACCACCAUAGAUGAGCUCAGCAGCAAGCAGUGGGUGAAGUCUGAGGAGAUUAGCAGUCUGGCUGUGUGGUUCCCUAAGAAAGAGCUGGAGAAACAGUACCGAGCCAUUGAUCUGCCCAUGUUCAAGCACUACAUCGGCUGUGCCACCUUCAUCUUCUUCUGCAUCUUUGUGGUUCAGAUGUUUGUGACAAAAGAUUCCAAAAUGUUGGGAAUGUCAUUUGGAGUGCUGGCCUGUGUCCUCCUGUUGACCUUGGGCAUCUGUUUCGCAGGUCACCUGCAGCGCUUGUUUCCGGAGAAGUUGUCGUCCUGCCAGUGGCUGCCUGCUGUGUCGGAGGCAGUGGUCAAGAGGCCAUGUGUGCGCCUCCCUCUGGUUACUAUCACCACUGCGGUCAUCAUCAUCCUAGCAGUCUUCAACCUGUGCUUCAUCCAGACGAAGUCACUGUGUGAAAUCAAUGGUAACCCUGAUCUGAUUCCAUCUGACAAUUCCAGUGAGCAACAUCCAGACACCCUGUACUACCUACCAUACUCUGUGUUCAGCUGUAUCCUGGCUCUCAUAGCUUGUGGAGUGUUCCUGAGGGUGAGCUUUGAACUCAAAGCGUUUUUUCUCAUCCUGGCCUCCACAGCCUACUACAUCAUCAUCUUCAGCGCCAAGGCUGGUCUCUUCAGCUGCUAUGGACAAAUGCUUUACAACCAACUCAAUGAAAACAGAACUGAGGACUCUGGGACCAUCCUGAGAGCGUUGGGGCUGGUCAAACACCCUGAGGUGAUGAGCUGUAUAUAUAUCACCUUGUUCCUGGUCACCAUGCUCAUCAUCUCACAACAGAAUGAGUCAUGCUUCCGCCAGAACUUCCUUCUGAAGAACAAGAACCGUACGGAGCAGGAUGAGAUCGAGACCAGGGAGAACCUGAACCGCCUGCUCCUGGAGAACGUGCUGCCGGCCCAUGUCGCUGCGCUGUUUGUUGGGGAGAAUAAAAAGAACGAGGUGGGAUUCCUCACAAACACUUUACUUACUGAGAAGUACAAGGACCUGUACUACAAGUCAUAUGACUGUGUGUGCGUGAUGUUCGCCUCGGUACCGGACUUCAAAGAGUUCUACACGGAGUGUGACAUCAACAAGGAAGGUCUGGAGUGUCUGAGGCUCCUCAACGAGAUCAUAGCAGAUUUUGAUGAGCUGCUCUCCAAGCCCAAGUUCAGUGGAGUUGAGAAGAUCAAGACCAUCGGAAGCACUUAUAUGGCAGCCGCAGGGCUGAGUGGCACCCCAGGACAGGAGAAUAACCAGGACCGAGAUAGGCAGCAGGCACAGAUAGGGAACAUGGUAGAGUUUGCCAUUGCCCUCAUUGGCAAGCUGGAUGGCAUCAACAGACACUCCUUCAACAGUUUUAGGCUGCGUGUGGGCAUUAACCAUGGGCCUGUCAUUGCUGGGGUGAUUGGAGCCAGAAAACCUCAAUAUGACAUCUGGGGCAACACCGUCAACGUGGCCAGUAGGAUGGAGAGCACUGGAGAGCUGGGCAAGAUUCAGGUUACAGAGGAGACGUCUGACGUGCUCCAGAAGCUGGGCUACUCCUGUGAAUGCCGAGGCCUCAUCAACGUCAAGGGAAAAGGCGAGCUGACAACCUUCUUUGUGUGUACGGACAUGAGCAAGCAGCAGGGAAUGGGCCUGAGCUGAGGUCUACGGUGAGCACACUACUGUGUGUGUGGACUCUGGGCCUGGUUGCUUAUACCUGUGCUGGGUCAGCUACAGGACACAGUCUAGCAUUCAGCACAGACUAAUUACAUGAACGCACAUAAGUUAACAUGCUUAGAGUAAACCUACCGGAGCACACAAAUAUAAUCCAUCUCAGUGCUUCAGUCAGCAAUCAUCCUGACCGGACCAGAACAAGACUUGAAGACAUGACCUUGUGGUCCUAGAGGUUAUAUUUCAGAUUGUUCAUGUUUCCAGGAAUCCCUUUGGGAGAUUCUUGAUUGGAAAUACAUUUUUACUGCAGCUGACUUGUUUUGGAGAUCCAGUUCCAAUGUGUGCAUUCAAUGGACAUGGAGGUUACGUCAAGCACUGGUCAUCAUCAUACUGGAAUCUAUCACCUGAUAUUCCUAGAACCUUGCUGGAAUCAUGAUGCACAAAAAAACAUUCAGUCCUCUCUUAAAACUGAGCUGUUUAUCAAGCAAAUGGUGACCAAAACAAUGGAGUGAGUUCUGCUGCAUGUGGAGUGACAGAAGUGUACUGUACAUACUCUCAUGGUUUUCUAGACCUUAAAAGGUAGACUAAGCUAAAUUACGUUGUCACAAGCUGCACCGCAGAUAUUGUGAUUAGUGAGAUGCAAGACUUUGAUCACGGGUUCCCUUCAUGCUGUUAAAAGCGUGGCAGCAUCGGAACCAAAACAGCAGAGAAGUUUAAACUUGCACUCCAACGCUCUGUGGAAAUUAUGACUGUGUAAUGGACAGUUUAUAUGGUAUGAGGUGUACUGUUUACCAAUUUAUAUCAAAUAAGCUUAGAACACAUGCCUGAUUUAAGAAUAAGUGCUAUAUGCACUACAAUCAAUGAGUAAAACAAAACAUUCUGGUGGCUGUAUGAAAAGUUUCAUUUGACUGAAACAAAACAGAAUUGUCUUGAGAGCCUAACUCAGUGUUGUGCAGUAUACUUCAGCCAUAGUUGUAAAUGUAUAGAUUGCAUUGACCUGCAGUGUCUUAUGUGCAGACAGGCAGCAUAUGCUUUUUGGGAAUCGCUGGUCAAACUAACAUUCUACUUGGUGUUCUUUGUGUACCUAAACCUGCUGUCAAACAAUCAACUGUCUGUAUUGUUGCAGUUAACAUUAGACUAACAUACAGGUUAGAAUAGUGUGAUGAUAAUGCCAUUUUUAAAAGACCACCUGAAAUCUCAGCCUGUUUGGUGGGAUGGAGUUUUGGCCAGGAAGUAAAUUAGCUAAGACCAAUAAAGAGUUCCAAACCUCUCGGCCAAUAACAGCUUGUUUUCAGCUCUCCCCAAUCACAUCAGACAGUCUUAGCAAAGAGCAAAUUUAGCUUAGAAGCAGUUUGUUUGAAUGUUGUUUCAUUAAAAACAGUAACAUACUUGUUACCCAUAAAUGAUUUGAUUUAAAUGUCUGCAUUGGACGUUUUAAGAUACAUUCUUCUCAGAAAACUGACUUGUCCUGUGGCCUUACUCAACAUCUGACUGCCAAACGAAUGUGUCCAUGUUGCUUUCAUGUUAUGCUGUCUGAGGAAUAAAUGUGAGUUUGCAUUUUG